UCUAAGAAACGUCACUGCAUAUAUUCUGACCACAUAGCUUUCUCUUAACUUUUUGGCCCUUAACACUUCCCUAUAGCGCGCUACUUCUUAGAACCAUUCCCCUAAAUUAAAUAUCAUUCCAACAAUCUAGGAAAACAUAAUAAGAUUUUCUUUUUAUCAGAUGGAGAUGAAGUGGGGUGGCCGAAAAAACCAGAAUGGUCGAUCGGAGAAUUCGCACGAGGAUGUCGACGGCAGCAAGUCGGAUCUCAACUUCCGGAACCUGUCAAAGCUAAUUCUGCCGCCAUUGGGUGCUUCAAGUUGUAAUCAGAAUCAGAUUGAAUCCGAGGGGAAGAUCAUCUCUCCAGUAGAUUCAAGAUACAGGUGUUGGGAGACAUUAAUGGUGCUUUUAGUAGCUUACUCUGCAUUGGUAUACCCUUUUGAGGUGGCAUAUCUAAGUUCAUCUCCAAAAAAGGAACUAUACAUCGCAGACAAUGUCACUGAUCUAUUUUUUGCAGUUGAUAUUGUCUUGACAUUUUUUGUUGCUUACAUCGAUCAGACAACUCAGCUAUUAGUUCGUGACCGAAAAAAAAUUGCUAAGAGGUACCUGUUAACGUGGUUCUUUAUGGAUGUGGCUUCAACAAUUCCAUUUGAGGCAAUAGCAUCAUUCUUGUUCACGGGCAAAUACCAAGUGGGUUCCUCUUACUAUUUCUUGGGAUUGCUCAGAUUUUGGCGUAUUCGAAGAAUGAAUCAAUUCUUCACCAGGCUUGAAAAGGACAUCAGAUUUAGCUAUUUCUUGGUUAGAUGUGCUAGACUCUUAUCUGUGACACUGUUUCUGGUGCAUUGCUCUGCAUGCCUCUGCUACUUGCUAGCGGACCGAUACCCACAAGAAGAAAGGACAUGGAUUGGGGCUUCAAAUCCAGAUUUCAGAGAAAAAAGCCUUUGCAUUCGAUAUAUUACUUCAUUAUACUGGUCUGUCACCAUCAUGACUACUGUUGGCUAUGGUGACCUACAUGCAGUGAACACUUCGGAAAUGAUGUUCAUAAUCUUCUACAUGCUCUUCAACCUUGGCCUAACUGCAUACUUAAUUGGUAACAUGACAAAUCUAGUUGUUGAAGGGACUCGUCGUACAAUGGAAUUCAGAAAUAGCAUUGAAGCUGCAUCAAACUUUGUUAGUCGCAAUUGCUUGCCUCCCAGGCUGAAAAAGCAUAUAUUGACUUACAUGUGCCUGAGAUUUAAGGCUGAGAGCUUGAACCAGCAACAAAUUAUUGAGCAGCUACCAAAAACAAUAUGCAAAAGCAUCUGUCAACAUUUGUUUCUGCCAACAGUCGAAAAUGUGUAUCUUUUUAAGGGUGUCUCAAGGGAAAUUCUCUUGCUCCUGGUUGCAGAUAUGAAGGCUGAGUACUUACCACCUAGGGAGGAUGCAAUCAUGCAAAAUGAGGCUCCGGGCGAUGUUUACUUCAUUGUAUCAGGAGAAGUGGAAAUGAUUGAUUGUGAUACUGAUCAGAAAGAGCAUGUUGUUGUGACUUUAAAAUCCGGGGACAUGUUUGGAGAAGUUGGUGCACUUUGUUCCAGACAUCAGAGCUUCACGUAUCGAACCAAGACACUUUCACAGCUUCUAAGGCUGAAAACCAAUGCUCUGAUGGAAGCAAUGCAGACCAAACAAGAAGACAAUGUAACCAUGUUCAAAAACUUCCUUCAGCAUCACAAGAAGCUCAAGGAUCUAAGUAUUGUAGAUUUAUUGCUUGAUGGUGGGGGAGAAGAUGGUAAUCUGAACAUGUCUGUCAUCCUGCUUAGCGUUGCCAGUACAGGCAAUGCUGCUUUUCUUGAUGAGCUUCUCAAGACAGGUUUGGAUCCAGACAUUGGAGACUCCAAAGGAAAAACCCCAUUGCAUAUAGCAGCAUCUAAGGGGCAUGAAGAAUGUGUAUCGGUGCUCCUCAAACAUGCAUGUAACAUACACUUAAAAGACAGAGAUGGUAACACUGCAUUAUGGGAUGCUAUAGCAGCAAAGCACCAUUCCAUAUUUCGGAUCCUCCACCACCACGCUGCAAUCUCUGAUCCCUACAUUGCUGGUGAUCUUUUAUGCACAGCCGUUAAGAGAAAUGAUCUCACGGUGAUGAACUCACUCCUGAAACAUGGAUUGUAUGUGGACUCAAAGAAUCACCAAGGAUUAACAGCUGUCCAAAUCGCGAUGAAAGAAAACUACAUAGAUAUGGUAAAUCUUCUUAUGAACGGUGCAGAUGUCAAUGCUGCAAAAGAGAACGACUUCCCUCCGGUGAAUCUGAAUGAAAUGCUGCAAAAGAGAGAGAUUGGACAUCGACUAAUGGUACCAGAUAUGAUGCCAUAUGAAGUGCUUCUUAAAAGUCAUGAAGUUGAGCAGCAGUGUUGCCACUGGGGGGGAUCAACUCGGCCAUGUUAUCCGAGAGUUAGCAUAUACAGAGGCCAUCCUGUGCCCAGGAGAGACAGUUGUUGUGCAGAAACUGGGAGGCUUAUUAGGCUUCCAAAUUCUCUAGAGGAGCUCAAGAACAUUGCAGGUGAAAAGUUGGGAUUUGAUGCAAGAACCACAUUGGUAUUGGAUGAAGGAGGAGCAGAAAUUGACUCCAUUGAAAUGAUAAGGGAUAAUGACAAGCUUUUCAUAGUUGAAGACUCUCAACUUCCUAAUGUAAUCAGAGAUUAAUUUUUUAUGUCCUGAAUUAAUUAGGACCAACAAUUGAUAUUAUACAUAUUUCUCCUAAUGAAUAGAAGUCUUUUUUUCCUUUUUGUAAA